AUGAUCCAGCAAGUUGGUGCCACAGCGUGUGAUUUUCUGUCUGCUGCCUCUGCAGUGUAUUUUUAUCCAGAUAAACCCUGGCUGGUGACAGCUCAUCUGGGGAAUCUGAUCAUCCAGUUAUCCAGAGGUGGACACAUGGCAGCCCCUCCUUUGGUCACAAUACUGCCACCAGGACCUCAGCUGGCUCCUUCCCUUCCUGGACAAGAGGAUAAUGAGAAGAAGGUGGACGAGGAACCUGCAGCUGUCGCCUCAGGAGAAUCAAUCCACACGAGCUCUCUGCUGGGAGCUGAAGAUGCAGAUGAUGAGACAUUUCUCUUGUCUGACACCCUCAGCAGAAGCUCGAGCACUCUGGACAAACCCAGGGUCCGGCUGCAGAAGAAAGUCCACGUGAUAGAGGAAGUGCUGGAACAACUGAGGGGCAUUGUGAACGAGGGGGACCCUAAGACCAAAUACACUGAAUUUGUUCAAGUUGGCCAAGGGGGUUUCGGGACUGUUUACAAAGCCACGGACCCAGCCACGGGAGAUGUGGUGGCCCUAAAGAAGAUGCCUCUCCGCAAACGGAGCAGGAAGGAACUCAUUGUCAACGAGAUUCAGAUCAUGAAGGAAAACAGGCAUCCCAAUAUUGUCAAUUAUGUAGACAGCUACCUGGUGAAUGAAGACCUGUGGCUCGUGAUGGAAUAUGUGGAUGGAGGCACUUUAACCAGCGUUCUUGUCCAAGUCUUAAUGGAGGAAAGAAUUAUAGCUGCUAUCAGCAGGGAGUGCCUCAAAGCCCUGGAUUUCCUUCAUUCAAGGAAAGUGAUCCACAGAGAUGUCAAAAGUGACAAUAUUCUUCUCGGGAUGGACGGAUCUGUGAAACUGACUGAUUUUGGCCUGUGUGCUCAGCUGACCCCGGAGCGGAGCACACGGUGCACACUGCUUGGCUCUCCUUACUGGGUAGCACCAGAAAUCCUGAAAAGAAAGGAAUAUGACACCCAAGUGGACAUCUGGGCCCUUGGGAUUGUGGCCAUUGAAAUGCUGGAGGGGGAACCUCCAUACUUUAGAGAAAGCCCUGUCCAGGCUCAGCGCCUGAUCGCCCGGAACAGGUACCCCCCUCUGAGGAUGCCCAGCAAGAUGUCAGUUCUGUUCCACGCCUUCCUGCACUCCUGCCUGGACACCAACCCCAGCAUCCGCUGGACAGCCAAGGAGCUCCUGCAGCAUCCAUUUUUACGAACAGCCGUGAGUCUCUCUGUCCUGCCUGACAUGAUCCGUAUAGCCAGGAAACUCUGUAAGGCCAUGGAAGCACUUCAGGCCAGCAGUGCCAGCCCAGAGCAAAAGAAGGAAUAA